ACCUCUCAUACACUCGGUGAGUACUGUACAGCUUCUGCCGUCUCUGUCUUUCUGGGGCUGCCGGACCCCUGGGUGCAGGAGGCGCCUCCAGAUUGGCCUGGCUUCUGUGACGCUGGCCCAGGUCACACGUCAAGACCCUCGGUGUGCAACUCUGCCUACAAGCACACUGCUGCCUGCCAGGAAAAGUUCCCUAGGUGCUCUAGCCCCUGGUUCACUCGGCCAGACUCACCAUGUGUGAAGAGGAGACCACUGCGCUCGUGUGUGACAAUGGCUCUGGCCUGUGCAAGGCUGGCUUUGCAGGAGAUGACGCCCCCCGGGCUGUCUUUCCUUCCAUUGUGGGUCGUCCUCGCCACCAGGGUGUAAUGGUGGGAAUGGGCCAGAAAGACAGCUACGUGGGGGAUGAGGCUCAGAGCAAGCGAGGGAUCCUAACUCUCAAAUACCCCAUUGAACACGGCAUCAUCACCAACUGGGAUGACAUGGAGAAGAUCUGGCACCACUCCUUCUACAAUGAGCUGCGGGUAGCACCUGAGGAGCACCCCACCCUGCUCACGGAGGCCCCGCUAAAUCCCAAGGCCAACAGGGAGAAGAUGACCCAGAUCAUGUUUGAAACCUUCAAUGUCCCUGCCAUGUACGUCGCCAUUCAAGCUGUGCUCUCCCUCUAUGCUUCUGGCCGCACGACAGGCAUUGUCCUGGAUUCAGGGGACGGUGUCACCCACAAUGUCCCGAUCUACGAGGGCUAUGCACUGCCCCACGCCAUCAUGCGCCUUGAUCUGGCUGGCCGCGACCUCACAGACUACCUCAUGAAGAUCCUCACAGAGAGAGGCUAUUCUUUUGUGACCACAGCCGAGCGAGAAAUCGUGCGAGACAUCAAGGAGAAGCUGUGCUAUGUGGCCCUGGACUUUGAGAAUGAGAUGGCCACGGCAGCCUCCUCUUCCUCCCUGGAGAAGAGCUACGAGCUGCCAGAUGGGCAGGUCAUCACUAUUGGCAAUGAGCGCUUCCGCUGCCCCGAGACCCUCUUCCAGCCCUCCUUCAUUGGCAUGGAGUCAGCUGGAAUUCAUGAAACAACCUACAAUUCCAUCAUGAAGUGUGACAUUGACAUCCGCAAGGAUUUAUACGCCAACAAUGUCCUCUCUGGGGGUACAACCAUGUACCCUGGCAUUGCUGACAGAAUGCAGAAGGAGAUCACAGCCCUGGCCCCCAGUACCAUGAAGAUCAAGAUUAUUGCUCCCCCAGAGCGGAAGUACUCAGUCUGGAUCGGAGGCUCCAUCCUGGCCUCUCUCUCCACCUUCCAGCAGAUGUGGAUCAGCAAGCCAGAGUAUGAUGAGGCAGGGCCCUCCAUCGUCCACAGGAAGUGCUUCUAAAGUCAGAACAGAUUCUCUGGGGGUCUCCUUGAGACUGCUCUGUUAACAAUCAUGA